AUGAAGAAGAGGGUGGACGAGUCUGAUAGUCAGUCCAUCACCCCCGUGUUUGAGGAGGAGAGGCCAAGGGAGAAAGAGCGACUGAAGGACCAGAGGUCAGGGAAAUCGAACAGGGCAGAGAAGUCAUAUAGGGCAGAUAGGUCCCAUCGUUCAGAGAAAUCACGCUAUGUAGAGAGGUCAGAGGAACGGGAGCUAGAAUAUUCUACUGGCAAGCCAGGGCACAGGGUUCACAAACGGCACGCCCAUGACGCACCAAAGGAAAGAAGGGAGCAUGGUAGACAUAAGGAGGAUAAAAGGGCCAAAACGUCGAGGUUCCAUCCCAUCAACAACCGCAGUCCUUUCUCUGACGAUAUUCUGGCAGAUACUCUACCCAGAAGCUACAAGCCUAUUUCUCUGGAUUAUGAUGGCACCACUGAUCCAGAAGUCCACCUCAAUCGGUUCGAGGGGUUGGUCACACUGCAUAUGUAUAUUGAGGGCAUCAAGUGCCGCAUCUUCUCCACUACUCUCACUGGACCAGCUCAACUAUGGUUCGGAACGCUUGCCCCCAAUUCUAUUUACUCCUUUGAGGAUUUACAGACCCGCUUCUUACGUCAGUUCGCAAGCUCGCGAAGGGUGGGGAAGUCAGCUCUGUCGCUGAUGGAUAUCAAACAGGACCAAAAUGAAACACUGAGAGAAUAUACUGCCAGAUUUAACUUAGCCGCUCUGGAGAUUCGACCAGCAAAGGAUUUUGACGAUAUUAUGGCAAGGUUGCCAGGCUAUUUACAGUUGGAGGACGCCAGGAUGGCGAGAAAAGCGGAGAACGAUAAACAUAAAGCCAAAAGAGCUGAGGAAGCACCAGAGAGACAGCGACACCAGGACAGAGCACCGUUCAGAGGGUUGCCCCCGAGGGUACUGCCACCUCAGGGAGGAAUGCCGCCCCACCAACAACGUACUGUGAAUGAGGUCACGCGAUUUACUGAGUACACGCCUUUGAACAAACUACAUGAGGAAAUCUUCCAUUUGAUAAAAAACCAACCGUUCUUCCGGGCACCAGGGACUUACCGGGAUGGGCCGCCGCAGGAGGGGCCCAACAAUAAGUUGUGCGAAUAUCACAAUGUCUUUGGACAUUAUACCAAAUAUUGUGGCCAUCUUAAACACCAGUUGGAACUACUGAGGGAUCAUAGGGACCAGAGGGACCAUCGGGAUCAGAGGGAUCAGAGAAAUAACUGGGAUCAGCGACAAGAACAAGGGAAUCAUAGGGAUCGCAGACCUGAUGACAAUCAGGAUAACCACAGGGAGGGACUAGAAAGACAAGCGCCUCAUCCCCCGUAUAGGAGAGAAGUUCAUAUGAUUUGUGGAGAAAACGGGAUGCCCACGUCAAAUAGGGCUAAGAAACAAGUUGUGAGAGCAGUAAAAAUAGGAUACUAUCCUAAAAGGGUCAUGGAGAUUACAAGCGCGACAGAAGAGCCAACGAUCACCUUUGGGGCAGAGGAUCUACGUACACUAAUGUACCCGCACGAUGAUGCACUGGUUAUUAUGGCAGACAUUGCCGGAUGUAUCGUUCACCGUGUCUUCGUAGACUCGGGCAGCGCGGUGAACAUCUUAUAUUGGGAGUGCCUUCAAAACAUGGGAAUCGAUGUUCAUAUUGAGCCAACAAAUGCCCCCUUGUUUGGGUUUGGGGGAGAAAUGGUCAUGCCUUUAGGGUAUGUGGAAUUGCCGUUAAAUCUCGGCACUGCAGCUGCUGCUAGCAAAACUAGGAUGGUGCGGUUCUUGGUGGUUGAUAUGCCAAAGCCCUCCUACAAUGUAAUACUCGGUCGGCCGGCCCUGAUGGCAUUCAGGGCGGUGAUCUCUAUGUUUCACUUGAAAAUGAAAUUCCCCAUCGAGGGGGGGAGGAGUGGGAGAAGUUUGUGGUGA